AUGCUCUUGUCAAGGGUCAUUCCAGCGAUCAAGGCGAAGUGGCCAUCUUGUGCUGGCAGACGAGUUGUUGUUCAACAAGACAACGCGAAGCCGCACAUACCUCCGACCGAUCCUGACAUUGUUGCGGCGUGCAAGAGCGAUGGUUGGGACAUCGAGGUCAAGUUCCAGCCACCAAACUCACCAGAUCUGAACGUCCUGGACCUUGGAUUCUUUCGCGCUAUUCAGUCGAUACAAGAAAACAACUACUCGAGGUGUGUGGACGACAUUGUGGCUGAGACCGAGCGAGCCUGGAUGGAAGUGGAUAUGUCUACACUCAAUGCCAACUUUCUCACACUGCAGUCUUACAAAGCUCGCAGCCCGUGGACGUUUGCCUGA